GUUUAUUUAGUACAGCAGAAAAGCACACCACACAGACUGGAAGCAAGAUAAGAAAAGAGAGAGAAAUUGAAAAAGAAAAGGACGGAUGGGAUGUUGGGUGCCUUUUAGUCUUGUUACUAAUCGGAAAAUCUAGACAAGGUGGGCAACAGUUCAUGUGGCAUCAGCUUUUGAGUUUUGAGUGAAGAUUUUGUCUUGGAGUUAACAUGGCCGAUGUAAGAUUCAUAUCCAGCAGUAUAGUUCAAGCAGAAGAUCACAGGGCAUCAGGUAAGAGGAUUGAGUUAACACCCUGGGAUCUUCGUCUCCUUGCAAUAGGGCAUAUUCAAAAGGGACUUCUUUUCCCCAAGCCUAAACCUUAUCUGCAAGAGAAGGAAACUGAGAACACUCUGAUCCACCACUUAAAAACCUCUCUCUCCCGCACUCUAGACUACUUUCCGCUCCUGGCAGGUCGCCUAGAAACAGCAGAACAUGAAGAUGACGCCAUUUCCCUUUUUGUUGACUGCAACAAUGCUGGAGCUUUAUUUAUCCAUGCUGCAGCUGAUGGAGUAACCAUUUCUGACAUCAUUAAACCUGUUUGUGUUCCUCCCAUUAUUCACUCGUUUUUCCCACUGAAUGGCCUCAACAACUAUAAGGGUAUUACUAACCCAUUACUUGGAAUACAAAUAACAGAUCUUGCGGAUGGUAUAUUUGUUGGUUGCACCAUCAAUCAUGCUGUUGCCGAUGGUACAUCAUUCUGGCAUUUCUUUAAUUCAUGGUCAGAAAUAUCUAAGGGUUCAAUUCACUUAUCCAAGCCACCGGUUUUUCAAUGUCGGUUACCUGAUGGUACUGAUCUCCCCAUUCGUAUUCCUCAAUCUUGUCUCGAACAAAAUCAUGAAGUCAUUCUACCACCUCUACGAGAAAGGGUUUUCCAUUUUACAAAGGAAAACAUUGCAAAACUCAAAGCAAAAGCUAAUGCUGAGAUUGGCACCAAUAACAUCUCAUCUCUUCAAGCUCUGAUGUCUCAUAUUUGGAGAUCUGUUAUCCGCAACAAAAUUUUGGACCCUAAUGAGGAGACCAAUUUCCGCAUUGUAGUUGGCGCUAGACGAAGAUUGCAGGAGCUGUCUGAAAAUUACAUUGGGAAUGCUAUGCUGAGUCGGAUUGUAAAAAUGAAAGCAAAGGAGCUACUGGAACAAGGAAUUGGUAACGUGGCGUGGCAAAUGAACAGCGUAAUUGCUAAAGUGACCGAAGAAACUUUCAAAAAAUUCCUUCAGUCUUGGCCAGCAAGCCCCAAGUUGGUAACUAUGAGUAAUAUGACAAGCAACACCCUGGUUAUAAGUAGUUCUCCUCGGUUCAAUAUGUAUGGUAAUGAUUUUGGAUGGGGAAAGCCAAUUGCAGUACGAAGCGGAUCAGCAAAUAAGUUUGAUGGGAAGAUCACAUUGUUUUGUGGAGCAAAAGAAGGAAGUAUUGACAUUGAAGCAUGCCUUUCUCCAGAGAUAUUGGAGGCUAUGGCAAAUGAUCAAGAAUUUAUUGAUAUCGUCACCGUUUAACUAUCUCAGUCCAAACUCUAAAGCUGAAAGUUGCUUUCAUCAUGAUAGUAUCAACUGAAUUGAUGUUAUUGUUAAUGUCGGUUUGUUCUUGGAUUAAUGUAUUUUGAAGCAGAUUGUAAGUGAAAUUUAGCCUGCCAUGUUUACAAUUUGUGUUGUUUUGAAAAUAGAAAAAAUUAAAAAUCAUGGAAGUAAUCACAAUAAUGAAUGUUUUAUGUGAUUCCAAUGAAGUUGAAUCGGACAUAAAUAUAUGCUUCUUAUGAUCCGAAAUUUUUUAUACUUCAUUUAAAUGAUUGGUGAAAACAAUUUUUAUUAUAUUAUUAUAUUAUUUUGGUACUGAACAUUAACAACUAUAUCAGUCAAUUAUUCAUAAAUCUUAUUCAUCAAUCACAUUUACAGUAUUGAAUGCAUCCAAUACAUAUGAAUCAAAAUAUUAAAUUUGCAUGUGUCAUUGGUAACACUUGGAAU